CGGCGGCGCUGAGGCGGCUGAGGGGACGGGUGUCGGUCCCCGAGCGGGCGCCAUGCGGUCCCUGAACAUCACCCCGGAGCAGUUCGCGCAGCUCCUGCGGGACAACAACGUGACGCGGGAGCAGUUCAUUGCUCUCUACGGGCUGCAGCCGCUGGUGUACAUCCCGGAGCUGCCGAGGCGCACCAAGGUGGCCUUCGUCCUCAUCUGCGUUCUCAUCUUCGCCCUGGCGCUCUUCGGCAACUGCCUGGUGCUCUACGUGGUGACCCGCAGCAAAGCCAUGAGGACCGUCACCAACAUCUUCAUCUGCUCCCUGGCGCUCAGCGACCUCUUCAUCGCCUUCUUCUGCGUGCCCUUCACCAUGCUGCAGAACAUCUCCUCCAACUGGCUCGGCGGUGCCUUUGCUUGCAAGAUGGUGCCAUUUGUUCAGUCCACUGCUAUUGUAACUGAGAUUCUUACCAUGACCUGCAUUGCUGUGGAAAGACACCAGGGAAUUGUGCAUCCCCUAAAAAUGAAGUGGCAGUACACCAAUAAAAGAGCUUUCACAAUGCUUGGCAUAGUCUGGUUACUGGCUCUUAUUGUUGGGUCGCCCAUGUGGUACGUGCAACGGCUUGAGGUUAAAUAUGACUUUCUGUAUGAAAAAGUGCAUGUUUGUUGCUUGGAAGAAUGGGCCAGUCCCAUUUAUCAGAAGAUCUAUACGACCUUUAUUCUUGUUAUACUCUUCCUUCUUCCACUGAUGCUGAUGCUUUUUUUGUACACUAAAAUUGGCUAUGAACUCUGGAUUAAGAAACGAGUGGGAGAUGCUUCAGUUCUUCAAACCAUUCAUGGGAGCGAAAUGUCUAAAAUAUCAAGGAAGAAGAAGCGAGCAAUUGUUAUGAUGGUGACAGUGGUGUUUCUCUUUGCAGUCUGUUGGGCCCCUUUCCAUGUGAUUCACAUGAUGAUGGAAUACAGUAAUUUUGAGAAGGAGUAUGAUGAUGUAACAAUCAAAAUGAUCUUUGCAAUUGUCCAGAUCAUAGGAUUCUUCAAUUCUAUUUGCAACCCUAUUGUGUAUGCUUUCAUGAAUGAGAACUUCAAGAAAAAUUUUCUGUCUGCCCUCUGCUUCUGCAUUGUGAAAGACAGCACAUCCCCAGGCAGGCAGCUUGGGAACUCAGGAAUUACCAUGAGGAGGCAAAAGCCAUGUGCAGCUCAGAGAGAUCCCAUGGAUUCGGACGAAGGCAGGAGGGAGGCGUUCAGUGAUGGCAACAUUGAGGUCAAGUUCUGUGAUCAGCCAGCUUCCAAAAGGAAUUUGAGAAGGCAUCUGGUCCUGUUCAGCUCUGAGCUUACUGUGCACUCUGCAGUAGGAAAUGGACAGUAGCAUCACAAGGGGUUUGGGAAUGGAGAAAUCAUUCUCUUUGUGAUCAUUUCAAUAAGCCAUUUCAAAGAAUUUGCUACUUUGCAUGCUAAAAUGAGAGGGGGAAAUGAUCUGUGGACUCUAAUGGGGCUGACAUUGUGAGAUCUGCUCUCUGCAGCUUUGAGGACAGAGCAGCCUCAGAUCUGCAUUCAAGAAAGGUGGAGACUGAGAUGCAAUUCUAUUUUAGAGAAAUGAAAGGGAAUAUGAAAGAGUUAUCCAGAACAUGACUCUGAAGAGAUUUAGGAUUUAAACAUUGCAUGCAUGUUCAGAUUUUGUUAACGUGAAGCAUAUUAGUAAUUAACAAUGCAUGCAUAAUUACUGUGCUGUUUUUACGGGUUAAUUCUUGGGUACAAAUUUAAAUGCCAUUGUAUUGCCCUGCAAACUGCAUUGUUCUGCUGGAAAAUGGAGAAGCUGAAAAAGUGCUGUACAAGAGAGUACAGAUGCAGGAGGUGUUGUCUGUAAACACUGAAUUAAACUUCCAGUCAUGCUUGGACACGUGACUCUCAGGUUGAAAGGGUGGUAUUGCCAUUUUCUGGAGGGUUAUAAGGGCCUGUUCCAGAGUCUGUUGGGACUUCACAGAAGACUUUUAAUGGAACAUCAUGGUCUUUUGACCAGACACUUCUCUGAAGAGAUGCUUGUGUUUUUCUGUCUGUCCAUCAUCUUUGAAGGGGAUUAAUUGCUGUCUGAAAACUGGGCCAGUGCUUUGUUAUUUUAGGCUUCACAGUAAAUUGUGGAGUUGAUAUCCAUAUAAAUUCUGAAUGUUUUUGCUCCCAGUGGGCCAAGCUGCAAAAUUACAAAGGUGUGUUUGCAAGUGUGGGACUGGGGGAGAAGUGUGAUCUGGACUGGUACACUGGGAUCUGAUCUCAUAAAUGAGGCCUUGAAAUACACAAUUUGCCACUCCAGCUGAGGUUAGGUUGGAUCCUUUAACAGCCUGUAAAAUGUCAGUGCUCUCUUGUCACCCCUUGCCUCACCUAUGGGACCUUGGU